CGUUCUAGGACAUGCUCCAUGAGUCCAUAGAAUGGUCUGGAACGUUCAUCCGGAUUAUAAGAGGUUUCCUUCGUCGGUCUCUUAAAAUCGUCAAUUUGAUUACCAUUUCCAAUUCCUCGAAUCGAAAUCAAACAAGCAUGUCGAUGAUUCCAUCCAUUUUCGGACGCCGAUCCAACAUCUUCGACCCAAUCUCAUUGGAGGUGUGGGACCCUUUUGAGGGUUUUCCCUUCCCUCAACGCUCCGAGAUCCCUUCUUCCUCCGAGAUGUCUUCCAUUGCGCACGCUAAGGUCGACUGGAAGGAGACCCCGACCGCUCACAUCUUCAAGGCGGACGUGCCGGGACUGAAGAAGGAAGAGGUUAAGGUGGAGGUCGAGGACGGGCGGAUCCUCCAGAUCAGUGGGGAAAGGAAUCGUGAGAACGAGCAGAAGACAGAUACCUGGCACCGCGUGGAGCGUAGCAGCGGGAAGUUCGCAAGGAGUUUCAGGUUGCCAGAGAAUGUCAAGGCCAAUGAGGUGAAAGCAGCCAUGGAGGAUGGAGUGCUCACUGUGACCGUGCCCAAGGAGGAAGUCAAGAGGCCUGAUAUUAAGUCCAUACAGAUUUCUGGUUAGUGGUUAGAUUACGAAUGCCAUGGUGCUAGGAUUUGGUGGAGCUUUCUUUUUGUGUGUGUGGUUGGAAUCAGGAUUGUGGUAAAUAACGGUUGGUUAGGUCGGUGCUAUGUCGUAACUUUCUCUCAUGUGCUGAAAUUCUGUCUCUGUUUAGUACCGUGUAUCUUCUACGAUAUGAAUGCAUACUUUUCAGCUUGUGUUA